GCCUAGCUAGAGGGCGGAGGCUCAAAAGUGUGUAUGACCCAUCUCUUUCUCUCGGCUGAAAUCUUGUGUCCUUGAAUCCGCGUCGUCGCCGUUUCGUUUGAAAAGAAAAUUACCAUCUUAGCAAUGCCUUUCGCAUCAUCUGCAGAGGAGCUCGCCGCAGAAAGGGAGCCUGAUCUCCGUCGUUCUCGGUCACACGGCCACGGUAAUUUUUGGGACCAACAACAGGCGAGGGAGCGUUACGAGCGUGAGCUCCAGAUACAGCGACGAGGAGUGAACCGCCGACAUAGGGCCGGCCCUUCGCUCACAGUUCCAAAUUUUCAAUAUGGACCACACCAACCGCAGCAGUCAUCCCGCUAUGACGAUCAAUGGGAAGAGGAAAGGUUUUACGUGCGGACUCCAAGCGCACCAAGAAGCACCGAAUUGCCAAUUCGGACAAGUAGCCGGCGCCGCCCAAGUAUCAAAGUUGAGAUACACCAGGACAAACUCUCUCGGUCUUCUUCGCCUCCACCGUCAUACUCUCCAACGACAGGAACUUCGCUCGUAGAUCUACGUUUACAGGUCAAUAACAUUGCAACCAAGCUGGCUGAUGUCAGUGCGCUUUGCUCUCGCAAGCACGACGGCGAUGCGGAUUCUUCGAAAGGCCUUUCAUUCGGCAGCAUCGCAGCGCAGGUGAAUGGAGAUGCAUUCCGUCUAAAGAUCUGGAGCUAUGAAGUCGGACUGGAGAAAUGGACCGAGAUUGAUGCUAGCCGAGAGAAACACGUAGAGACCGCGCUACGCACGAUGCAGAGGAUUUCCAAUAGAGCGAGUGACCUAAAAGCAGACUGUGCGAGAGCCCGAUACCGAGAUUUGACGAUACCAAGCAUUGAGACAGAUCUGGAUUUGGAGGAGUAUGAUUCAAAUGACGAAAACGAAAGCCUUGAAGAUCCGACGGAGUCGUUGGGUUUCGAGAUUCAAUCUUGCCUUAACUCGAUCAGCCUUCAGAUCCAGACUCUUUCAAGGCUGACGCGGGCAUUGCAAGAUGCCACCUGUCCCAACGGAGUCGUGAACGAAGAAAUGACAGCUAUAAAUGGGCUUGUUGCGGAAGUCGAUGACUUCUUUGGAUCUCCAGAAGCGCUGAAAAAGCACUCAAUUGACGAGAAAUUUGCUGGCAGGAAAGCUUUAGAGGAAGCUAGGUAUACGGCGAGGCUGCAUUAAGGACAUAGAUGGAGGCCAUGACCCGCUUUUGAACUGCGUAAUCUUUUAGAAGUAUUGAAUCGAGUAAAAAAAAACAAGGGAGCACUCCAACAGGGCUAGCGUCAGAUGAAGCAUAGCGUAGCGCCCGGUCGACUUACCAGGUUCAAUUCGCCACUUCCGU